CUAAAAGAUUGAAAGCUUUAAGAUAAUUUUUUUACAUAAUAUAAAUUAAAAAUAAUAAGAUGGGCACAUGUUGUGCAAAUACUACACAAGAUAGAGAAUCUUAUACUGGAAUAACAGCUCCUAUAAAUAUAAAUAAUGAAAAUUUAGAGAUUGGGAUGCAAACUAAAAUAAAGGAAUCUAAUGAAACUCCAAGUUCACCAAUUAGAUCAGAGAAAGAUGUAUGGUUGAAGAUUAAAAUCUAGCACAGGAAGAGAACUAUGGAAGCAUAACGAGUUAUAGAGGAGUGUUGAU